AUGGCUACCACGACAGUGACCGGCCAUGGACGCCGGUCAUCCAUGCGACAACCCGAAUUGCAAGUACCCAACAAGCCUUCGAUCGCCCCGCCGACAAGUAGUCCGAUCGACCAAUUUCCUCCCUACGAGGAGACUUUCGACAGCGCCGUGGGGUCUGGCAGGCCAAGCACCAACGCCUCGGUGAAAUACGCGCCCAGCGAGCUGUGGGAGCCGCGGAAAUCGGCCUUUUACUCAAGAGAGCAUGUCAAUGGGCCGCUGAGGAACCCGAAGCACCGGCCGCGGAAGAGUAUCAGCGAGGCCAUCACGACCAUUCGCACCCGCAAUGGCAGCGUGAGUGCCAAUGCGCAAGAACUGGCGGAGGCACUUCGGGCCCCCGUGUCUUAUCGCUUGAUAACCCUAUGCAUCAUUUGGUACUUUACCUCCGCUCUCACCAAUACAUCCUCGAAAUCCAUCCUCAAUGCCCUUCCGAUGCCGAUAACCUUGACCAUUAUCCAGUUCGCGUUUGUUUCGGCCUGGUGUCUGCUCCUGGUGUAUCUUUCUACCAUCUUUCCGCGGUUACGACAAAGUAUACCAGUCCUUAAACAUGGCAUCCGCUACCCGUCGCGUGAAGUGAUAUCCACUGCUUUGCCCCUAGCCGUGUUUCAACUGGCUGGCCAUAUCUUGAGUUCGAUGGCCACGUCCCAAAUUCCCGUCUCCCUCGUCCACACUAUCAAGGGCUUGUCGCCCCUGUUUACUGUUCUCGCCUACCGAGUGCUGUUUCGCAUUCGUUACGCGAGAGCUACCUAUCUUUCGCUGAUCCCUCUUACAGCUGGAGUCAUGCUUGCCUGUUCCACUGGAGUGUCGACAAAUUUCUUCGGAAUUCUCUGCGCAUUCGGCGCAGCGAUCGUUUUUGUGUCGCAAAACAUCUUCUCAAAGAAACUGUUCAACGAGGCGGAACGGGCCGAAUCUGAUUCCCAGUAUCCGGCACGACGAAAGCUUGACAAGUUGAAUUUGCUCUGCUACUGCUCUGGGCUGGCUUUCUUCCUCACUUUGCCUAUAUGGUUUGUCAGUGAAGGAUAUCCCUUGGUAUCCGACUUCGUGAACGAUGGUGUGAUUGCCCUAUCGGGUAAACAGGGAUCCCUGGAUCACGGAGCACUGAUGAUUGAAUUCGUUUUCAACGGCGUUUCGCACUUUGCGCAGAACAUUCUGGCCUUUGUGCUUCUUUCCAUGGUGUCGCCUGUGUCCUACUCGGUUGCUUCUCUGGUGAAGCGAGUUUUCGUCAUUGUUGUGGCAAUUGUUUGGUUCGGAAGCUCAACAACUCCUAUCCAAGCCGUUGGCAUUGCUCUCACCUUUGUGGGACUUUACCUUUACGAUCGCAACAGCCACGAUGACGUGGCGGAUCAAAGAGCGAAUGCCGACCAUUUCCGAGCGCGGGAGACUAUCUUGCCAAUGAAUGUCCGACACUCGAGCAAGCCAUGGGAUUCCAAUGGCUACGCUUUUCCGGCAGGACGCUCCUUUGAGAGCGCCAAUGGAAACUCACACGCCGCCAAUAGCUCGAAGAAGGAGGACGAUGGUCCAGGGCGUGUACGAGCCCGAGGUACCAGCGUUUCUCGGACCUGGCUGCCAGGGACGAAGCAAGAAUCGACAUGGCAGCCCUGCGACACUCCAACGGUUGCAUAG